AUGGCAAACAACGCCGACAAAGGCCCUGACAGGAGCGUGAAUUCGCUCAUGAAGCCAACAUGGACCACCAAAAUUCCAGCCGAAGUCCUUGUUUUCAUCUUCAAUCACCUCUCCCCGGGUGAAAUCAAGAGCUUUCUCCUCACUUGCCGAACAACCGCCACCAUUACCAGCCCCUGGCUCCUCAUCCGAGACAUCAAAGACGACACGUACAACUCGUUAGCUUGGGCCUGCUACCAUGGCGAUGUCACUCUUGCCGAAAGAUGUAUCGAGGCGGGCGCGUCACCAAACGUCACCUUCUGCCAGGAUAAACCACAAUUCAUGGGCCAGAGAGUACACCCAUACGUUGGUGACAACUUCGAGCACCCAGUCUUUCCGACCCGAAUUCGUUACGGAUCGGCCUUGUUGACAGGGCAGCCCGCGACCUCUCCCCUUGCGCUAGCCACGAAGCGUAAUCAUAUCGGCGUGAUGAGGGUUCUUCUCGAAGCAAAACCCAAACCAGCCGACGUGGUCGAAAAGGGAUUCGUCAAUGGACGUCGGCAUGACAACCCUCGGAGUACUGCAUUUGCCACAUUCCCACACCCAGUGGUUCUCAGCCACGCACAAUCUGCGUCGGCCGCCCAGCUCCUGCUUGACCAUGGCGCUGGUUGCCACAUCAACAAUGACAAGGGCACUUUGUAUACACCGCUCGAGAUGGUAUUGCUUCGUCACAGCUAUGUGCAAAACCCUGGGCAAAACGGGCGGACGGAAUCCGAUCUCUACUCGCUCGUCAAAGUUCUGCUCGACAACGGGGCGUUUCCUCGACGCUCCCAGCCAAGGAACCUCUUGCCACAGUGUGCCUUCGUGGUUGAACUUGUUCUCAAAUCUGGUUCGUUGAGUCUUCAGGACUCUAAUGGCGAAUUUGCGGAUGCCCUCAUGCUGGUCCUGGGAAGCCACAAGGCUCUCAAGCGAGGCGCUCCGAUAUGUCUUGGGUUAUCUUUUUCAAAACAACUCUUUGAUAUCUUCUUUUCCACUGGCAUCUCACCUAAUGAGUCCCUUCCCGGUUUUGGGAGGCCGUUAUCCCGGGCCGUGGCUGAAGAUUUGGCGUGGUCUGUCAGCUUGCUGAUUUCGCACGGAGCCGACAUCAAUUAUACUGACACCAACACCCUAUGCCCCCUUGCCCAGGCCAUGGUCUCUUUUCCACACAACUUCCUUGCUGGCCAUUUUCUUGAAGAUGACAUCAUCAGCCUGGUCGAUGAUAGUUUGGUCACCGAGCUGUCCAUUCUUGGUGCAAACAUGGACCAGCCAUCAUGCACACCUGAAGGUUUCACUCCGUUGAUGUUUGCAACAGGCGACAGGGUUCCAUCUUUGGUUUUCGAUAUUUUGAUCGAAUUUGGUGCUACAAGAGAGAACACGGGACGAUUGCACCCGGGUGGUCCAAAGCUCUCUGUUCUGCAGUGUCUUUUAUCAGGCUUUCCCCCAGCUCAAGACGCUGCGUUCUGCGCGAAGCACGAGUUACGAUCGCUGAGAUAUUCAUUCAAUUACGCCAUCGAAGAUCCUAAAUACCUCAAAGCCGUGGAGAAAUGUCGGAAAUCAAAGUUCGAGUCUUUGAUCCAACCGCCUCUCGACCCAGCGACCUUCCACACCGAGGACGGGGUGCAUGUUUUGCAUUGGGCAAUUGAGAAUCUUCAAGGAUGGGAUCUGGCUUGGGCCAUGGACAUGUUGAUUCCUCAAUAUGCCUCAACUGAGACCUCACUGGAUACCAAAUCUCCUUUCCUCACUUUCUUCCAUCCAGAUCGGGUCAGGAACUCUAUGGCAUUUGGGACACUCUUCCAGACAUGCCGGUUUGUUGAAGGAAUUGUCGAAUUGGGAUUCCAACCAGAGGAUUCUCUCCUCCUUCGCAUCUGCAAGCUUCGAGGGGGGCUUUCGUCACCCGCAGUCUGGGGUCUGAUGGGACUCAGAACAAGGAACAACCUCGACUUUUCACCGCAAUUCCUGGGGAUUGUCCAGAAAGAAAACCCAAGGUUCACCAACAAAUACAGAGCCCAUCCUUCUCUCCUCCAAUUCCGGGACCUGACGAGGAGCGAAAAGGCCUACCGCGAACAUCGAACCAAGACAAUCAGCAAGAUCAUCACACUGCUCAUAAAAAACGGCGCGAAUUUCUACGCUUGCGACUCGGAUGGGAAGACGGCAUACGAACAUGCAAAAAUCCACAACACCCUCAACGGGAUACCAAAGAAGUGGCGCGACGUGCGCAAGGAGUUGGAGAUAGACCAGGCCAAUCCAUGA